AUGGAACACUCCGUCGACUUAUGGGAGAGGUUUGUGGGUGAAAAUGAAAAGGUUGAGUUUGUCUGGCUGCAGUUUCUUUCCUACACCUCGAAUGCGCUCGUCCGCAUUAUCCCCCGAGCCAAAUUUGCGGACAUGCUCAAGCAAGGACAGUUGCUCUCCAUGACCCGAGCAAUCCUUCACCUCCUUCCUGGAGAUCGCCUCGCCGAGGGGGCCAGUACCUCUGGCAAGCUCCAUCUUCGUCCCGAUAUCAGCACCGCUUACUGCCAAGCCGGCUCGAAUGGCACUCGCGCAGUCAUUAACGUGGACUGUGUGGACGAAAACGGAGUUCCAAUCGGGGAAUGCGCGCGGGCGAAAUUAGAGGAUCUACACCAGAUUCUCAAGCGGGAGAUGGGAUGUGGCUUGCUUGUUGGGUUCGAGGUGGAGGUCAUGUUUAUGCGACCCAAACAGGAAGGUGGAGUCACUGUCGACUACGAACCUAUGAAUUUCCAGCAUGCGUUCACGAGCAUGACUCCCGAAGAUCGAACCUAUCUAGAUCUCAUCGAGGCUGUCGCCCGGGCCUUGUCCACAGUGGACAUCGCCCUAGAGCAGUUCCACGCCGAGGCUGGCCCUGGCCAGUGGGAGUUCGUGCUGCCACCUGCAGAACCACUGCGGGCCGUCGACACUCUGCUACGGGCUCGUGAGACCAUCAUGCAUGUUGCCCGGACUUUCGGAUUCCGGGCGACGGUCUCAACACAGCCUAUCCCCCAGCAAGCGUGCAACGGAGCCCACGUCCAUCUAUCUGUCAACGCACUGGGCAAUGACAAGAGAAAUGGAUCCAAAGAGUUAAUACAGAAGGCGGAGUCCUUUUUCGCAGGAAUCAUGCGGCAUUUGUCUGCCAUUCUGGCCUAUUCGCUGCCGAGCGACAUCAGCUACGGGCGCAUCGCAACUGGGAUCUGGAGUGGAGGCGAGUAUGCCGCGUGGGGCUGGGAAAACAAGGAGGUGGCCCUGCGGCGGAUCCAGCAGAACAGGUUCGAAAUAAAGUUGGUGGACGGCCUGGCGAACCCGUAUUUGGUAUUAUGCGCACUACUUACCGCUGGUAUCAGCGGGAUGCGAGAAAAAUUACCGCUUACAGGAGGAAAUUGUGACAAGGCUGCUGCUCGCAUGUCCGUCGAGGAGCGAGAGACCCUGGGAGUCAAAGACCUGUUGCCCAUCACCCUGGACGGGAGUCUGGCGGCCCUAGAAGGAGAUAGUCAGAUGCAAGAUCUGAUGGGACCGAUCAUUGUUUCGUCAUACGUUAGCCUGAAGAAAGGCGAGGCCGAGUUCCUCCGUGCGAUGGAUGACGAUCAGCGCCGGAUUUGGCUGAUUGCGAGAUACUAG